AUGUCGACGUCGUUGCUUGGACGUUUGCCUGCUCAUCGGCUCGUGCUCCGCGCCACACGCCUAAAUCGUGUUCGUCUUUCAUCCACCACCCCGCCAGCACCAUCGAGUUUCAGGAGAUCGCUUGUAGCGUUGGCGGCGGCCGUCGGCAUAGCUGCUACAGCAGGCACACUCGGUGCUAUGUUCCCCCCGCCACCCAUCGCCAUCCUAUUUCCGAGGGCAGCGCCAGGACCGCCGGCAGAUCCUUUUUCUCCAGAAUCAAUAGCGUUCACCGAAGAUCUCGAAGCUAAGCUUCAAGCUUUGCCGUUGCUGCAGAAGCUCAGGUCGAUGCCCGACGCCGAUGAGUGGUAUGAGACUCGGCCAUAUCAAGCCUUCCCCGAAGAGAGGCGUGUAAAUAAUUUGACCGCAGGUGCCUUGCGGGGACCGGGGAAAUUGGCGUUAUACCCUCUGAUUCGGGCGAAGAAGGAUGAGAGUGAGAGCGUAGUUUUUUUACAUUUGGGGAGGGGUGUUUGCGGCCAUGAUGGGAUUGUCCAUGGAGGGCUGUUGGCUACACUUUUGGACGAAACUUUGGCUCGGACUGCUAUUAGUAAUCUUCCUGAGAAAGUUGGUGUCACUGCGAACCUCUCAUUAAAUUACCGUGCGCCGACUAUGGCUGAUCAGUUUGUCGUCAUAAAGACAUCCCUUCAAGAAGUGAAGGGACGCAAAGCGACCGUUACAGGACGGGUUGAGGACUUGGACGGAACUCUCCUCGUAGAAGCAACUGCCAUAUUUGUUCAACCGCUCUAUGCAAAGCUUCUUCAUAGUGCGCAAUUGAAGAAAGCGAUGGGAGAACCCCCUAAGUCGGAUGAACCUGUACUUUUGGCGGAUGGGCAGGACCUGAACCCCAAGCAUAAACACCGUUGA